CCUUGACCCAGUCCGGGGUCCAGCCAGCCCCACCAUGACAAGGGAGUAUCAAGAUCUUCAGCAUCUGGACAACGAGGAGAGUGACCAUCAGGUCAGACGAGGGCCGCCUCCUCCCCGACCACUCUUUCAACGGCUCUGCUCCGGACCCCGCCUCCUCCUGCUCUCCCUGGGCCUCAGCCUCCUGCUGCUGGUGGUUGUCUGUGUGAUCGGAUCCCAGAACUCCACGCUGAAGGCGGAGCUGCGGGCCCUGAGAGAGACGUUCAGCAACUUCACAGCGAGCACAGAGGCCGAGGUCAAGGACCUGCGCAUCCAUGGAGGAGGUGUGGGCAGGAAGAUGAAGUCCUUGGAGUCCCAAAUGGAGAAACAGCAGCAGGACCUGAGCCAAGAUCACGCCAGCUUGCUGUUCCACGUGAAGACCUUUGUGUCUGACAUACGAAGCCUGAGCUGUCAGCUGGCCAUCCUCCAGGGCAAUGGCUCUCAGAACUGCUGCCCUGUGAACUGGGUGGAGCAUGAAGGCAGCUGCUAUUGGUUCUCUCGAACUGCGAAGCCCUGGCCCGAGGCUCAGAAGUACUGCCAGCUGGAGGAUGGGCACCUGGUGGUGGUCGGCUCCUGGCAGGAGCAGAAAUUUGUCCAGCACCACAUGGGCCCUGUGAACACCUGGAUGGGCCUCACUGACCAAGACGGGCCCUGGAAAUGGGUAGACGGGACAGACUACGAGAAGGGCUUCCAGAACUGGAGGCCAGACCAGCCGGACGACUGGACCGGGCACGGGCUUGGGGGCGGCGAGGACUGUGCCCACCUCACCGAUGACGGCCGCUGGAACGACGACGUCUGCCUGAGGCCCUACCGCUGGGUCUGCGAGACGGAGCUGGGCAGGCCCACCCCGCAGCCCCCUCCCCCCUAA